GCAAAAAAGAAAAAACACCCCGUGUCUCCCCACCCUCGAGCGGAACGGAGGCGAAGGCGAGAAGUAGGGCGAGGCUAGGGUUCCGCCGCCGCCGGCCGGAGCUUGCCCCCAUCCCCGCCGCCCCUCUCCUCCGGCGCGUCCUCCUCGGCACACCGGCGUCCUCCUCCCAUCCAUCUUCUCCGGACCCCAGCUGCAGAUCGACUCGCCGCCAGAGAGUUUGCUCGCUCGCUGCGGGAAGGUGAUGGAUAGGGGGGAGAUCAUGCCCUCUCUGGGCAAGUUCCAGGGCAGGGAGAGAGAGUUGGUUUGUGCUCUUUCUCACCACCGUGAGAUCCUGAGGAGGGAAACCACCUUCCUGAGGAAGGAGGUUACCUCCCGGGGAUUGGCGACGAUCUCUCGCAGAGUGGAUUAUGUAAAGUGUCGUUCGGAAGGAAUACGCGCACCUCCGCAUAUCGUCCAUGGGUUGUCUCAGUUGUCCGGCCAAAGGAUGGACUUGCGUUUCUCCGACCUGCUUGAGGUGUCUUUGCCCUACCUGGUUAGCAACCGUGACGAGGCCCUAGAUUUUAUAUUGCAUGAUUUGGAAAAUAUGUGCUACCGGAUCAAGUCUUUUGCAACAAUUCUGAAGGAAUUCAGCAUCGCCAUCCCCUUGGAGAAGAUUCAGUUGUUCCUUCUAAUGGCCCGAUCAUUUCUCAGAAUAUCAGAUGCUAUUAGUUAUGGUCGCUCAAAUCAGAGUUCUUAUGAAGAGCACCGUAUGGGCUGGACAUCUUCAUGGGGCAGUGGGAUAGACAAGUGUGGUGGCUUCGACGAUAUAACCACAUUGAGUCCUAUGCUCUUCACGCACUGUACACCUCGUAUCUUCCCAUACGGUUCUGCUGUUGGAACUGUCUUACAGAUAUACUCAUUCAAGAUUGUUGACCUGAAAGGUGACUUGAAUUGGCCACUUUAUGUGUACGGCGUGGUUGCUGCCCGAGACACUGUUGACUGCAACCGCAACCUGCUCUUUUGUAGGUCAAGGGCUAACUGCCAGGAACUAAAUGAACAUAACCCCUUUUUGUGCUUGACUGGUCCGUCUCGUGCAAUAUUGGCUGAUAACUCUGUUUCCUUUGAAGUUGAACUGAAGAUAAAGUAUGGAAGUAAGUCACAAGAUAUAGUAUUAUUCAGCUCUGUCGCUAGUUACCACUCCAGUUACCACACAGCCUUGUUUCCAAGCGGUGUUUGUAGUGCAGAGUUAAGUUUAGGGAAACUUGCUAGAGCAGUCCAGGCCACAAUCCUUAGUGUUUGUGUUGUUGAAGGACCCUGGCCUUUUAAAUAUGGUGCCCGCAUUGCUUGUUCCCUGUCUGCUGCAGAGACUAAUGAUCCCUUAUCUAGGGAAGUUGUGUUGCUGGAUAUUCAUGGUGAAGAAAAAAUGCCAGACAAUGACCACUUUCAUCUGUCUAGGAAUGUUGUUUCAGUAGAAUUGCAAGGAACACUGAGAGUUGCCAUACAAGCCUACACACCAUCUUGUGCCAUUGCUCAACAGUCCCAUGUCAACUUCCCUGCCAAGUAUUGCCAAACAUCUAUAGGUGAAUGCCUUUUUGGCAACUCUAAAGUGAAGAUCAUUAUUGCUUGGUCCCUCCUGGUGAAAGAAAGGUUAGAUCUCAUGUUGGAUGGAUAUCUUGCCUAGCCGUAGAUGGUAGCGACGGAGGUGCGAUACCUGCAUGGAUUGAUGUUGAAGCCGCCCUCCACGGGGUUGAAGACAACCGUGUCGUCGACGCCUAUCUCAGAUUUGAGCUGAAGAAGCUCCAUAGGUCGCUGGAGUUAACGUUUGCUUCGGUUUGUUCCGUCAAUUUCAGGAUAAAUUGUACGGGGGGUUACUAUCCUUUCAUUUCCUUUACUUGUACUCUCAUGACAAAUCGUCGUUCUCCAGAGACCAGGGCAUU